AUGAGUUCUAGAAGUGAUUGCACGGUAUGGGAAUUACGAGAAGAAGAUGUUGAAUUUGUUGAAGGAAUCUCAACUUUCUCCUUCAAUGAGACGCUCAAACCUUUCGAAUCGGUAAAUAAAAAGUCUUAUGAGAAGUACUCCGUGGUACCGAUACUCGAUUGGGAGUUCAAGUAUGGAGAAUUCACCAAAUCUGACAAGUGUAAGCAAGUUAGCGUCUCCCUAAGUUUCGAACGAGACCAGGAAACCGACAAAUCGUACAUGCUUUUCAGCCAUGACUCGUGGCUAUUAGGGAAAUGGAACUGUACGCAAUGGAGUCCUCAGCUACAGCAAGCCAUAGAUUGUGCCAGCGUUAAAGUCCAGGAAGCGCGUAAUUGGGAAGAGCUUGUUCGUGCUAAUGAAAAUACAAAUGCAAAUGUAAAUGGAGGUGAAACCGCUGCGGUGAUUAGUAAUAAAAGGAAGAAGAAGAAGAGGAGAAUAGCCAUCCGCGACAAGAACACGUACCGUUUCAAGGAUGUAAAAUUACACCCUUUAAUUAUGUAUGUGGAUGAAAACAAUAACUGGAUGAUAAAGUUGCAACUCUCGUUGCUUUGCUAUCUGGAUAAUGCGAAUAAUUUCGGCAAGGAAACCAAUAAACUACUUAGCGACCUAUUCUUGUCGAGAGAUGUAGAGCGCUAUGUGAAAAAAAUAGACAAGGCUAAGAUUAGGAAUGAAUUCAGCGACGUGGUUUCAAGAUACACCGAGCAAACAGUACGAAAAGGCGUUCAGAUUGAAGUACCGCCGCAACUUGAUGUCUCGUUGAUGCCCUUUCAAAUGGAAUCAAUUGACUGGAUGCUUAGAAAGGAAGGUUACUAUGACAAAGAAGACACACCACCUGCUCGUGAUGUAAAAACAACAGAGGAACUUUUGGAGUUUUUAAAUGAACACAUUUCGUUUGGAUACCAAGAGUGGAUAUCAAACCACCGCCAUGAAGGUAAAAGAGCAAAGGGACUACUUGCCGAGGAAAUGGGUCUUGGGAAAACUAUUGAAAUUCUUUGCCUGUUCGCUAAGAAUGUGCGAAAUAUACCGAAGGGUUCAGAGAAUGAGACAUUUAUCUCACCACUAAAUGGGAAAAUCAUCAAGAGAGUGAAGACAAACUUGGUUGUUUGCCCUGAGAGUAUUCUACAGCAAUGGAUAGAUGAAAUGGCUAUCCAUAUCAGGGGGGAGGACUCGGAUUUUAGCGUUUUCCAUUAUGAAGGAUUUGAAAAAGCUCGCAAAAGGUUUAACAAUGAGCAACCAAAACAGAUCGUGGAGCGUUUGGCAGAAUAUAACGUCAUCAUAUGCUCAUACAGUACACUCUCAUCGGAAGUUCACUAUGCAGAGUUCAGUCAAAUUCAGAGGCCCAGUAGAGAAUCUACUAGAAGAUAUGAUUAUACAUCACCAUUAUCCGUCAUGGAGUUUCACAGGAUCAUCUUGGAUGAAGCCCAAUUGCUUCGUAGAACUUUAUACGCAACUCGUUGCGCGGAUACUAUCCACAGAGUACAUACAUGGGGGGUUUCUGGUACUCCUGUACAGUGGUUUACCGAAAUUCAAAACAUCUUUGGGUAUUUGCAAAUCCAUCCGUUCCAUGUUAUGCAAAACAUAGUGUCUACUGUUUCAUCGAUUGAAUUCCGCAGAAAGAGGUUGUUGCUGCGUCCGGAUGCCUAUAACGCUAUUUUUCCAGAAGAAGAGUUUAAUGGAUUCCAAGGUUCUAUAGUUUCUUUGGAAGAAUUCGUCGAUAUUUUCCCUCGGUUUAACCUUGCUAUCAGACAUUUGAAGCGCGAUGUACAGAAUCAAAUCAAGAUCCCAAGACAAAUAAAUUACAUGGUCCCAGUUGAAUUUAAUCCGAUUGAACAGGACCAUUACGUGAACUUGUGGAAUUCAUUUUUAAGUGUUUCUGGUUACGAUUCGAGAGGGAAUGGUUCUGGAAAUUUGGAUACAUCACAGCUUUCCGUUUGGUUAAACAGGCUCAGAAUGACGUGUUGUCAUGCAUCUAUGUCCAUUAUGAAUGGUUCAGAAGGUGUAUCAUGGAGAGAGACCGAUGAACUUAAAGACAUGGAUGCUAUCUUGGAUGGUAUGAGGGAAGAGGUUCUAGACAAGAUAUAUGGGCUGCAAAGGGAGAACUAUGCGAUUAAAAUACAGCUGGGACAAGUCAGGAUGGAGAUUGAUGAGAAGUUUGAGGAUGCAAUUUCAAUCUUUAAAGGUAUCAUUAAAGAGAUAACCCAUGAUCUAAAACAGACAUACGGUAUCGAAAAUUUCUUGAAGAUAAACGAAGAUAGCGUGAAAAAGGGUUUAUCAACUAAAAAUAUGGCGAACAUUCGUCUGCUGUUACACAUAUUGCACCAAGCCUUUUUCUUUUUGGCUACAACUUGUUACCAACUUGGAACCAAGAAAUUGGACGAGGCCCAGGCUGAUGCCGAGACUGAGGCCAAGUCUGAGGUCAAGUCUGAGACCAAGAGUAUCGUUUAUACUGCAGAUGAGAUGUCAACAAUAACUAGAUUUCAAGAGUUGGAGAAGUACAAUUACGGUAUUGCGGAACAGUUGAGACGCGAGAUGCUACACGAACGAAUUUAUGAUGUGGAUAGCGAGAUCAACAGGGUUCGCGACUGGUUGAUGAAUGCGAAGCACAAACGUAAAAUGCUGUUGGAUACGAUUUCGUCGAAGAAAGGUAAUCUUGGCUCUAUAUUGGAGUCCAGUUACAUAUUCCAGAAGAUGGUCACUCUCUUUGAGAUAAUGAACCAACAAGCACAGCAAUUCAAUAGGUUGAUGAAGGACUUGGAAGUACUCUCAUACAACACCAUUAUCAAAGAUUACGAUAACGAUGAUAACGAUGAGGAGAAGGCGAAGGAGUAUGGGAGGUCGAUUGACGAUCAAGACAAGGUUUUCUCUAUACUAGACGUUAUGGAGCGUAUUUUAAAGAACCGUGAGGACAUGAUGGUGAUGGAGACGACAGUGGAACCUGUGAAUGUGAAGUUGGAGGUGAGUUUGUUGAGUUCUGAGUUCCAUGCGGAACUUUUGAAGAGCACUGUUUUUGUACAUGGGGAGACGCUCAAACAGCUGUUGAACAAAGCGGAAGAAGACAAGUCGAUCAGACAGCUUCUUUCCAAGUCUGGGUUAGCGAACCAUAUGAUGCAAGAUUUCAUCAACUGUUAUGAGAUGGAGAUACCGAGGAUUGUUAGGGAGAACCAAGAGGUACGUAAUGGCGUGCUCAAGAGGUUCAACGAUAUAUACAAUGCGAAGACGAGCUAUUACAGUUACUUGCAAAGGAUAUCGGACUCGUUGGUGCCGUUAUCUGAUCAGAGUGUAAAAGUGAAGAACGGUAUAAUCAAGAGGGUGAACGAGGGAUACGAGUACGAGUCGAAUGUGAAGGUGAUUCACAAUUUGGAGUCUAGAGUGCGGUAUCUUGAGACCUUGAGCCAAUUGAAGAGUGCUAUCGCUAGAGGAGAGAACAUUUCGUGUGCGAUAUGUUACAGUGAGAUAUACACUGGGUCGAUAUUGAAGUGCGGCCAUUUCUUUUGUAAAGAGUGUGUGACGCAUUGGUUCCGGAAGAACGCAUCUUGUCCUUUGUGCAAGAACGCGAUACUGACGACCGAGGUUUACCACUUCAAGUUCAGGGAGGGGACGGAAGAUGCUGCUAAGGAGGAGGCAAAAGAGGCAACCGCUAAGGCUGGGGAUGCGGAGACGGAGGUGAAGGCGAAUUGCAAAGGGCAAGAACAGGAACAAGAAGGAAGAGAAGGAGAAAGAGAAGGUUCCGAGGAGGAUAUUAUUACGAAAAAGUACUCGCGGUUCAGCAAGAUGAGCGAGGUGGACAACGUUGUGCUUGGGAACUCGUGGGGAGGGAAGGUGGACCAGGUGCUCAAGCUAAUAAUGUACAUCAAGCAGAAGCAUUUGGAAGACGAGCCGCAUAAGAAGCGGCCGCAGAUAGUUGUUUACUCGUCGCACCAAGCGUUUUUGGACAUAUUGUCGCGACUCUUGAUGUCGCAUGGGAUUGUGUAUGCGCGGUCAGUGAGGAACACGAAGUUUGCGAAGGCGGUGAACAAGUUCCGGAAGGACCCUGAGUGUACGUGUUUGUUGUUGAACUUGCAGUCGCAGGCUACUGGGCUAACGUUGGUGAAUGCGCGUCAUUUGAUACUGUUGGAUCCGAUUCUCGGGGAGAGCACGGAGCAACAGGCGAUCAGCCGGAUCCACCGGAUCGGGCAGAGCGAGGAGACGUAUGUGUGGAACUUUAUGGUGCGGAACACGGUUGAGGAGAGUAUUAUGAAGUACAAGGCGAUCCUUGCGGGGGCUGCUGGGAAUACUUCCGGGGAGACUUCCGGGGAGGACAAUUUCUCGUUGGAAGACUUGAGCUCGGACUCGAGGGGCAAAGAGCAUCUCUGGCACUGUUUGUUUGAGAGCGGGAGCGGGAGCGGGGCUACUCAUCACCUUGUAAACAACUGA